AUGUUUUCGACAACUCUUUACCUCGUCUUCGUGGGCUUGAUGGCCUUCAUCACCAUCGGCACAGCUUGGUGCGGCGACGACACCAACGUGUUCGAGGUGAUGGGUGAGCUCAUCUUUGGGCCCCGAUCCAUUGUGGACUACGUCCACAUCAUCACCUCCUUAUUUACCCUGGCUAGCGUAUACCGCUACACCUCCGUCCGUCUUCGGGAGCGCCUCCCCGUGAUUUCCGACCGGAUCAAUCAGAUCCGGGCGUGUUUAUCUGCAGAAGCCGCUCGUUGGGCCACUCUGGUCCGCGAUCAGGUCUUCGGCGCUGCUUGGAGGUUCAUCAAUGCCUUCAAGUUGAAUACUGUCGUUAUCUCCGUCUCUUGGGCGUACCGCAAUCUCGUCCGACCUCUCUUGCUCCUCGCUGUGAGUCCUUUCGUCCUGCCGAUCCAAAGGAAGUAUUUCCUUUGGAAAAGCUGGGCACUGGACCAGCUUGGAGAUUUCGCAGACUAUGUCUGCGUCGACAAGGAGAAACGGGUCGAGAAGCGUGGCAAACUCGAGUCGGUGAAACGCCAGUAUAGCGAGCAGAAGAACAGACUCGACAAGCUGAACGAUGAAGUCACUCGGCUUUCUCUGGAUGCCAAUAAUGCCUGGAGCGAGGCUCAGGUAUGGCCAACCGAGAAGUUCAAGAGGCUUCGGCUGACUGAGUUCACUGGUCGGAUUGAGAUCGCGGCUCCUGAAGACGGCCCGGUUCCCCCCAUCAGCCACUGGUACCGCUUGCGUCACAGGAUCGACCUGAGCGUUUACUGGUCCGAACAAGCUAUUGUUCGCAUCGAAGCGGCAAUGGAGCGUAACCAGCAAGGCAUUGCCAAGCUGGAGGACCAGUCGAAGCUCAGGUCACGAGAGAUCCAAAGAAUCAGCGACCAGAUUCUGGACUGUGAGGAUGACCAGCGCACUGCGUUUAUUCUGGAAGAAUCUCGCCGACAAUGGGAAAUUGCGCGUACCGCCAGAAUCGUCACCCGCAGACCAGAGGAGUGGAUCCGGGAGGAGGAGGAUACUGCCGCCGCCACCACCUCCACCAUCCUCGACGUUGUCGACUCCCCCGACACGGCUCCUAUUACCAGGGCACGGCGGCACCAGGAGCACCUGCGGCGGGAGCACGAGGACCGGGUGCGCGUGGAGCGCCGCGCCGCCAGCGAUGCCGGUCGCUUUGCCACCACCCCCCACGAGUUUAACAGAAAGAUCGCCAGUCGUUCCGAUAUUCUCCGCCGGGAGUACGUCGAGAGGCGCCGGGACGAAAGACGGGCUAAGCGCCGCCUCUGCGACAGAGACCGCACCCCCGAGACGACAGAAGUCUCGCACGCAACCAUCGCCGAGGACGCGGCUGGAGCUCGCGCUCUGGCUGCAGAGGCACAGCGCAUCGCCGCCGCCGAGACCCGUCGGGCAGCCGAGGUCGCGCUCGAGUCCGCAUUGGCGGAGGAGAGCCGGCUGAGGGCCGCAUGGGAAGCCGCGCGCGCUGUGGUUGCCACCCAGACGGCCGUGCUCGAGUCCGCAUUUGCGGAGAGCCGGCUGGACGGGCUAUUGGGCGUCGGUCCCAACACCAACAUCGACACCAACGCCGUCACCACCGUCAGCACAGUCGCUGACUUUGUCGAUUCCGCCGUCGUCGCCACGGCAUCCUCACCCAGCGCCGCCAUCCCCAACACCGACGUCAUCGACACCCCUGUCGUUGACUCUGCCAUCGCCGACCCCGCCACCGUCGCCACGGUAGACAACCACCCCAAGCCUUCAUUGGAGGGGCGGGGUGAGGAGACCGUGGCAGUGGCUGAGGUUGCCGUUGCGCCAGUGUUUGUGGCCGCGGUGCCUGAAGAGCCCGAGCCCGCGAGGGCAACGGCGCCCAAGAAGGUCCGCUUUACCCUCCCCGAGCCGGAGGAUCAUAAGCCGGAGGACCCCGAGCCAGAGGAUUCGGACUCUGAGGAAUCCGACAUUGAGUUCGAGGACGUCUGGGCGAGCGAGGAAGCCGCCGAGCUGGACCAGGUGGCCGAGGAACCGGAGGCCGAGCCCGUCACACUCGCCGAACCGGUUACCAUCACAAACCCCCAACUGUCACUCGCCGAAGAGCCUACUACCCCUGAGGUGGAGCAGGGAGAGGCCAAGGUCGGAGUUGACCACAUCACCGAGGAACCCGAGACUCCUAUGGAGAGGACGGUGAAGGCUGAUGAUGAGGUUACCGAGGAACCAAUGGACGCCGACCCACCAACGCAGUCGGUCACUGAGACCUCGUUUGAGGAGGAUGUGACGAUGGGAGUGGAGCCAUUCCUCGAACAAACCUCCAUGGCGGAGCAGGAAGAUGGGGUUUGGCUACCCGACGCCCACGAACCAGAGACCGGCGCUUCCAAUCAAGAUCUGGAGACGGCGCAGUUGGCCAUGACAAGUCUCGACAUCUCACCCCCGGCCGAGGAUGAAGAGAUGACCGAGCUACACCACCCCGCCCAACCACUCCGGCCCUCCAUACUCGGCGCCUACGGACUGCAGACGGUCGGGUACGUCACAAGCCCCGUCAACAUGACCACGACCGAGGCCUCAAACGAGGAGCAGGACUGCGUCAUGGGCGAGAACACCGGUGCCGACGACCCGAUGGCCACCGACGAGCCCUUGUGUGCCGACGCGGAGAUGUCCGAGCAGUCGGAGCUCGCCGCCCCUCAGUCCGCCGAACUCGCCAUAGAGAGCGGGGUAAUAUUGGAUACCAUACAUGAGUAUCUGGGGCGCGUCAUGUCUUUGGCAGAGGAGCAUCCGCAGGUCAGCCCGGAGCAGCAGCCGCAUCUCGAACAAGUCCACCAGCAGGAGUUGGGCCAGGGGAUCCCAACGCAGGCCGAGGUGGAGGAGAUGACGAGCGUUGCGCCCGAGCAGACAUUCGGGGUUGUUGCUGAGGGCGGGCAGAACGCCAUAAACGGCGACUUGACGGCGAGCUCGGACGCGACCCGAGAGGCCACCCUCGUGGCGCUGGAUGCAUACUACGCAAGCGUCGACGCCGACGAGGAACGCUUGGCGCAGGGAUCCAACACUGGCUACUGGCCUGAGGCUAUCGACGCCCUCGCCGACCGGGGCACCUACUCCGACAUCUCGGACACCUCCUUGACCGACGGGGACAUGCAACACCUCGACCCCGGCAGCCAUCCCGACGGUGACUCCCUGUUCGGCGACUUCUCUGGCGACGAAGGAGAGGAAGAGGCGCAGGCGCAGGCGGAGGAGGAUGGGGAGGGGGAGGCCGAUGAGGACACAAAGGACAAAUACGACGGCAUAGCCUACUCCGUCCUCGGGACGGAUUCAACGGCGACGACACCCGCGGCGCUCCCGACCGAACUGUCCGACGACGAGGAGUCCGUUUUCUCCGAGGCCGCCAGUCCUCAGCUCGCCCCGCGCCUGGUGCCGGCCAAUCCGGCAGCGCGCAGAAUCCUCCCCGCCCGGGGCAGACUCUCGCGGCUGCCUCCGGCCCAGGUGCAGGCUGUCGUGGCCGAGUCGUCGCAGAUGGGUGCUGCUGCUGCCGCCGCCGCCUCGUCCGAGUGCGAGCUGGACGAGGACGUCUUGGCGGAACUCGCCGCGGCCGAGGCGGAGAUGGACGAGGAGAACGCCCGUCGGGCUGCGUCGUCGGCGGCGACGAGCGGUGAGGGCGACGUCGGAUCCGAUGGCAAGGUGACGACUGAUACCCAGGCAGAGGAGGACGCGGCCGACCCCAAGGGGAAGGCCAAGGCCAAGCUUGGGAUCAGGGCGGAUGCUGCAGCGCGAGCGGCCGUGCGAGCUCAACUUGCGGCGCAAGCUGCGGCGGCGGAGAAGUUCAACCUGACAUAUUCGCUUGCCGUCGCACAGUCUGCCGCUCGGGAGAAGGCUGCCCCGACUCCCCUCUCAUCGCUGGAGUCCGGGGAAGAGGAAGCUCGUUUCCUCAGCCGGGAGGAUGACACCUCCGCUCCAGACCGUCCCGCUCAACCGGAAGGAGACGCCGCCCAGCGAUUGAAGCGGAAAGCGGAGGCCGCCGAGCGAACGAGGCGGCAAGCGGAGGUCCAAGAGGAUAAAGAGGACUACGUCGACUGGGACGACUCCACCGAGAGCGAGGAGGAGUAG